UCUCUCUCUCUCUCCAACAUACUGUGUGUCGGGUCGCUAGCACCAGCCAUUCCAUGCGAGACUUUGCAUGAUAAUCAUUACCUUCCCCAAAACCAGUCUUCAAAUAUUUGGGCUUCUUGCGCAAAUUUUUCCACAUUUCUCCCCUUUUUCCUUGUCUUGUUUCUGGUCGUUCUUAUCGUGAUGUAUUGCACAAACUAUUUUCGAUGUCUCUCAUUGGCAUAAUAUACAUAUUAUAUGACACUACUUUGUGGAGGCUUGCUUUCUCUGUUGAGCCCCUCCAUUUCAAGCGAGAGUUGCCACUUUAUCACCGAACAUUUUAUAUAGCCCCAUCUUCUUCUCUUUUGUCUUCUGUUUCAUCGUUUCUUGUAGUUGGUGAUAUCUGCGAAGCUUACACUUCUGUUCCAGUUUCUUCCUUCUUAUGUCAAGUCAACUCUUUUUCCUUUUCUUUCUCUUUCUUCUCUAAACUAGUUACUUGAGUUGAUUCAAAUCCUUAACCUAAACUCUCUCUCUCUCUCUCUCUCUCUCUCUCUCUCUCUCUCUCUCUCUCUCUCUCUCCUUCCCUCUUUCUGUGUGGCAUGAGAAGAAGAAAUGGAUGAACGGGCACGCAAGCAAGCCAAAAAAUCAACAACUUCAAGCACCAACUCAGAAGAAGUGAGUAGCAUCGAAUGGGAUUUCAUCACAAUGACGGAGCAAGAAAAAGAUCUCAUUUACAGAAUGUACAGACUAGUUGGAGACAGGUGGGAUUUGAUAGCGGGUCGGGUCCCGGGUCGCAAAGCGGAAGAAAUAGAGAGGUUUUGGAUCAUGAGGCACGGAGAGGCGUAUGCAGAGAAGAGGAAUGACUUCAACUCCAGGACUCGAUGAUGAUGCUACUUCAGGAGCUCCUUUUCUUUUGGAUGUUCACAAAAACAGGUUCUUCGGAUUGGCUCUCCUCCGCACAAAUCACUUUCACAAAUAUCAUCUUCGAAAACUUUCCUUACUUAGAUUGACUUUGUAGAGGUUGGAUCAGUCUCAUCGCAACCAUCCCCAUUAGUCAUAAUGGCCUCACCCUCUUGUAGGGGAUAUAACAUGUUCAUGCGGAUUUCUCAUCUGCAUUGUGGGUAGUAAAGUCGAUGACUUGGUUUC